AUGUGGUCCCGUGGAUUACGAACAGCUCAUUUAUGGACUCGAAGGACACUGAUCGGGGGAACAGCGGCGUUUCACUUGGCAGAAAGUAAUGAAAAGUCUGAUCAAAAAUUGAAACUUGAGGAAACAACACAACAUCGUAACAUGGGUGUUUUUACGAGAAAGGUGGAGAGUGAUGCGGACAAAACAUUGUUGAAUGUUCGUUUAUAUCAGUAUCAAACAUGUCCAUUUUGUUGUAAAGUUCGUGCAGUUCUUGAUUAUUACGGCUUUAAUUACGACAUAAUCGAGGUCAAUCCCAUCACCAAAAAGGAAAUACAGUUCAGUCCACAUUACAAAAAGGUACCAAUAUUAGUGACUGGUGAUAAAACUGAAGAUGCUGAAAUACUGGUUGAAUCCUCGUUAAUUGUAUCGAUUCUCAGCACAUUUCUUCAUCGCACCAAUUCAUCUUUAAACGAAAUUCAGCAAUUUUAUCCGCAGUUAGAUUCAGUGGAUCCAAAAACGAAUAAGAAAAUAAUUCAGUAUCCAAAUAAAUAUUUCAUCAUGUUUGAUGAUAAAGAUCAACUUCACUCCGAUAAGCAAAUCGUGCAGAAAUCAAGGGAAGAACGUGAAUGGCGUGAAUGGAUUGAUAGUCAUUUCAUUCAUCUGAUAUCGCCAAAUGUUUAUCGAACGUUCCAAGAAAGUUUAGCAACAUUUCAAUGGUUUUCUGAAGUUGGACGAUGGAAGGAAGCAUUUACUCUCUGGGAGCGUUUAGUUGCUGUUUACUUGGGUGCUACGGCUAUGUUCAUAAUAUCUAAACGACUUAAGAAAAGACACAAUAUCGAUAAUGAACGUGAUGCAUUGGUGAAUGCUUGCAAUCUGUGGCUUUCGGCAUUGGGAGAUCGACCGUUUUUGGGUGGUGACCAGCCGAACUUAGCCGAUCUUGAACUGUAUGGUGCGAUGAAUUCAUUUUAUGGAUGCCAAGCAUUCAAAGAAAUGAAAGAUCGAAGUAGGAUCGGUGAAUGGUUUGAACGGAUGAAAAAUGCUGUUGGUUCGCGAUCUGGUUCAGCUUUAUUGGCUCAGAGGUGUCAGUAUGUUGUUCAAGUGGAUUGCUCUUCUCAACCUGAAUCUCAGUACCUUUAUCCGAACCAAAAUUUCUCACUUUUUGAGAUGGAGGUACCGUACGAUUUAUCAGAGUAUUUCAAAGAGUCUCCAAUCGAACGACUCGAUGCGACCACUUUAAGACGUCUGAAUCCACGGAAGUGUUGGCCUGUCCAAAAAACAAUUGAUCGAAUGGGCGCAUUGUCAGCUGAGGUUGAUUUACCUUCAUUAAGUAUCACUUCUUGGCUAACUUCCGUUCGCCAUAAUCCGAAUCUCUUUCUACAACUGACGUUAUCUUUUUAUCCGUAUGCCUUUGAUGUGUUUAGGGUUUCAGUAUUUCAUUUCACUGUUAAUAGGCAAUCGAGCAUAAUCAUCGGUCUAUUGAAAGUUGGUUAUAAAUGCUUGUAUUUGAUGGAUAGUGCUAUGAGAACGUUCAAAACAACUCCGUUGUGUAUACUCGAUUUUUAUGUUCAUAACACUUUACAACGAAGAGGCAACGGUCAUGCGUUGUUCGAGUAUAUGCUGAAGCAUCAGAAAUCAUCAGCAGAAAAGAUAGCAAUAGAUAAGCCAUCAGAAUCAUUAUUACAAUUCAUGAAUAAAUUUUAUCGACUCGCAAAUCCAUUAUGGCAACCAACGAAUUUCGUUGUCUAUGAAGCAUUCUUCGAUAACGCGAAGGAAUACGAUAAAGUAUUCGAUAACGACGAUGAUGAUACGAUAAAGCAUUCAUCGUCUUCAAAAACUGAAGCACUUUUAUAUGACGAGGAAAGAGAGAAAACACAACGUGCCCGACGAUCGGAUACAGUAGCAGGUUUAAUGUGUAGUGAUACGGGCUCGUCGAGUCCACCUACGGUAAGAGCAUCAGCCGCUCCAGAUACUCCGAAAGGACGUAAGAAUACGAGAGAUUUUGGGCAUCAGUCGAUAUGGUAG